AUGUCCGCAUUCGAUACCGCAGUUGCUGAUUCAGGAAAGCUUACGAGUAAGCCUGGAUCUGAUGAUUUGCUCGAGCUUUACAGUUUGUACAAGGUCGCCAAUGGUGAUGAUAUCUCCAAGGCUGAGGCUCCAGGAAUGUUUGAUAUUAAGGGUAAAGCCAAAAAGAAGGCGUGGCAAGAAAAAGUCGACUCGGGAAUCACAGCCGAGGAAGCCAAAGAAAAAUACGUUGCUAAAGUCGAGGAAUUAAAGCAAUCAUGUGGUUAUGAUGCCAACAAGGUUCCUGAAUCUGUUGGUGGAAAAUAG